AUGUCUAUCAGCUCAACAUCCACAAACAUGUUCCGACGCGCGCUUUCCAGCGCUCGAGUCUCCAACUCCAUCCCCAAGACCAUCAGACCCGCCGCGUUCAGUCCCUGCAGGAACGUAUCGAGCGCUGCUCGUCUGCCCACUAUCACAGCCUCAGAGACGCGCCGGCGGCCAACACUAAGGCCCAACCAGCAGCCCGUGGCAGCGACCGGUGUGAACGGACUAUCGCCGACAAGCAAGCGGACAAUCUUCAUCCAGACCGAGAACACUCCUAACCCUGAUGCCUUGAAAUUCAUUCCCAACCACCGCGUUCUUCCCGAGGAAUUCCCUACCACUUUCCUUGAAUACCUCACUCCCCGCUCCACUCUCGCCCCUCCAUACCCAUCCCCCCUCGCCGCAAAGCUCCUGGACGUUGAUGGAGUCACCUCUGUUUUCUACGGAGCUGACUUUAUCACCGUUACCAAGGCCGGUGAUGCGAACUGGGCGCACAUCAAGCCCGAGGUAUUCAGUUUGAUCACUCAAGCCGUGACCUCGGGAGAGACCAUUGUGACCGUAGUCGAGAACACCGGUGAAGCCGGACACGAGGUUGAGGAGGACUCGCUCGCCUACAACGAAAAUGAUGACGAGGUUGUCAGCAUGAUCAAGGAGCUCCUGGAGACGCGCAUCCGUCCGGCUAUUCAGGAGGAUGGCGGUGAUAUCGAGCUGCGUUCGUUCGAGGACGGUAUUGUGAUGCUGAAGCUGCGUGGAGCGUGCCGAACUUGCGAUUCGAGUACAGUUACGUUAAAGAACGGCAUUGAGUCUAUGCUGAUGCAUUAUAUCGAGGAGGUCAAGGGUGUUGAACAAGUUCAGGAUCAGGAAGAGAUCAUCUCGAUGCAUGAAUUCGCCAAGUUCGAGGAGAAGUUGCGACAGCAGAAGGGAGCCAAUGCUACGGCGGCGUCUUCUCUGGAUUCGGCCCCGUAA